UGGUCACACUUCACUUGCACUCCAUACACCAAUACUCUCUCUCUCUCGGUAUUUGUAUAAUAUAAUUGACUUCCGCUUGUUGGGUUUGGUUGUAUUUCUAUUUUCUACUGCUUGUUUCUUCCACCUCCUCUCAGAAGCGAGAAUCUUAUGAUGGUAUCUCAGUUGAGGAUCAUUGUGCAGACUGCAGUGCAGUGCAGUAAUCGAUUUUACUGAAGAACACCCAUUUGCAGGCUUGGCCCAACCUGAAGUCUCUUUGCGCUUCUCGUCUUCCUCUUUUCUCUCUUCUCUUCUCCUCCUUUUCCUGUACCCACAUAUUUUUGGGGUAAAAUAGGGCCUUUUUCUGCGGAUUAAAAUUUCCAAACCACGCAAUUUUAGUUUCAUUCCAGGGGUAUUGAGGUUUCUGGACGAUGGAACUCUGCUGCAAUCUUCAAGUGGAUGUCAAUGGUGAAGAAAUUUUUUUGGUGGAUAAGAAAACUGUAGCUUCAUACUCCGGGAGGUUGAGGAAGUUAUUUGGUAGAUCAAACGCUAGUUUGGGGAAUUUGAAGUUGAUAUUCCAUGACUUUCCUGGAGGGGCAGAGGGGUUUGAGUUGGUUUUGAAGUUCUGUUACAACAAUGGAAAUGUUGAAUUGAGUUCUUCAAAUAUCCCUCUUUUAUAUUCUGCAGCACAAUUCAUGGAGAUGAAUGGCUCAAUCUCAGGCACCCAAAAUUUGCAGGAACAAACAGAGAAAUACCUUGAAGAUAUCAGCGAUUGGACUUGGUCUGAGCUUUUGACUGCCUUAAAACGAUGUCAAGAUUUGCCUCUUAUCCCUUCACCCGUUCUUGAGAAAUUCUUGGAUUCUCUUGUUGGGAGGUUGAGUUUAGCGGUUGAAGCAAGUUCUUGUCCAUCUACCUCCUCGCCCGAUAGCUCGGCGUUGCGGUAUUCGUGUGAUACGAAAAGCACCGAAAGCUUAAAGACAGGGUUCCUUCAUGGAUUGUGGUGGUUUGAGGAACUGUUAGUCCUGACUCCCGAAUUUGUUAAAAUGGCAGUGCAGCUGAUGCUCAAGAGAAACUUUGAUGAAGUUGUUGUUAGCAAGUUCCUUGUCUAUUACCAUAAAUCGAAAUCCUUAAACGCCACGAGAGACGAAAAAAGAAAGAUUGUUGAGGUUGUCGUCGAAAUGCUUUAUGCUCUUGAGCACACAUCUGUGUCCUGCAAGAGCCUUUUUGGCAUUCUUCGAGUUGCUUUAGGUUUGAACAUAAACAAAUGCAUCCGCAAUAAGUUGGAGAAGAUGAUCGGUUCGCGGUUGGAUCAAGGAUCACUAGACAAUUUACUACUUCCAUCUCCAUCCGGGAUGAACUAUUUAUAUGAUGUGAAUCUUGUUUUGAGAUUUGUCAAAGCAUUUUUGAAUGAUAAAACCAGCAGAACAUCUCCAUUGCCAUUAAGAAGAGUAGCUAGAUUAAUGGAUUUGUACAUGGCAGAAGUGGCUCCUGACCCUUGUUUAAAACCUUCAAAGUUUCUAGCCCUCACCAAAGCGCUGCCAGAUUAUGCUCGAAGCUCCCACGACGAUAUGUACCGUGCCGUGGAUAUGUACAUAGAGGUUCAUGCAGAAAUUUCAGAAGAAGAAAAGGUGAAGAUGUGUUGUGCACUAAACUAUGAGAAGCUUUCAGCAGAAACCUGCAUAAAUCUUUCAAAGAACAUAAGGUUUCCAUCCAUAUCUUCCAUACAAGCCCUUGUUUCAGAGCAGGCCAAUCUCAAAAGCUUACUUCAAACUGCUAGCAACUCAAAAUCCAUUACCACUUUGCCUUCUAAACUGGAGGAAUGCAGAAACAAGAGCAGUAAGAGGGAUGAAACCAGUGACCAAGUUGUUCUGAAUGGCGAAAAGCUCGAUUUUCUAGAUGACAAUGAGAAGCUGAAAGCACAUUUAGAAGGAAUCCAAUGGAGGGUGAUGGAAUUGGAGCGCGUCUGUAAGAAAAUGCAAUCUCAAAUGGGAAAAGUCAUGAAAUCUAGAGUGACAAGUCAUAGUCAGCUGAAAUCUCUGCCCUGGCUUUGUUCAUAAUCUCAUUCCUAAUUUGAGGAUUGUUAUUUGUACAAAAGUGAGGAAAGUUCUUUUUUUCCUUCUUCCGGCAGAAAUGGAUGGUGAUUAGGUGGCAUUUCUUUUUUUCCUUUUCCACUGUAGAUUCAAAUAUUGGGCUGUGUACAGUGACAGAGACGAAGAUUGAAAAAAGAAAGAAAAAGAAAAAGAAAAAGAAGAAGAAGAAAGCCUUUCUGAUUUUUCCAUCUUCUUUUGGUUAUGAUUUGCAUCUUUUAGCCCUCUCUAGUGUUUGUCAAACUACACAUCCCAAAUGUGGAGUCC